AUGUUGGCCAAGUUCAAUGAUCAAAUGGAACCUUUACUUAUGGAAGUCGAAGACAUCAAGAUACCAGCCGAUCUUCUUGGACCUGAUCCUAUUGAAGCCAAUGGCUCUGCAAUAAAAGUUACAACUAGUGAAGGGUUCGAAGGUAUGGAUAAAUGGAAGACUAAAGACAAAUCCCAAUUUGAUAGUGUAAUGAUUAAAGAAACAAGCAUAAAGAUAGAAAAGGAUGGCGAAGCAGUUGAGGAAGUGGUCAAGAAAGAGCAAACUCCAUGGCUAGCCAAAGAGCUCGGAAUCAUUGUAUGGCUCACUGGCAUUACUUACAACUUGCAGCCAUCAGAAUGGUACAAAAAUUCAACUGACAAUGAUCUUCUCUAUUGGGGCUUGGACUAUCCACCUCUUACAGCUUAUCACAGUUGGGUUAAUGGAUUCAUAGGCAAAUCCAUCAAUGAAUCAUGGGUCAGACUUCAUACUUCAAGAGGAACACAAGGAUAUGAUCAUAAGGUUUUCAUGAGAAGUACAGUUUUGAUUAGUGAUGUAGUCAUCUAUUUCACCGGCCUUAUUUACUACUUCAUGGUUGUGAGGAAACCUCUAAAACCACGAGAAAGAGGAAUGCUUGCCACUAUUGGCCUGAUGUAUCCAGCAUUGAUUCUCAUCGAACACGGGCAUUUUCAAUACAAGUUCAAUAGUGUCAGUCUUGGAUUUACUGUUUGGACCGUGGUUAUGCUUAUGAGCGGCAGAUAUUUCCUUGGUUCUGUUUUUUACUGCUUAGCACUCAACUAUAAACAGAUGAGCCUCUAUUAUUCUUUUUCGUUUUUCUUCUUUCUUCUUGGAAUUUGUUUCCAGUAUCCUAAUCGUACUAAAAGUAUGAUCACCUUAGCCACCAUAAGUUCAGCAGUAAUCAUGACAUUUAUAGCCUGUUGGUUCCCAUAUAUUUGGGAUUCUGAAACUUUUCUAUCAGUUGUUUAUCGUCUGUUUCCCAUAUCAAGAGGACUCUAUGAGGAUAAAGUUGAUAACAUAUGGUGUUCACUUGAAGUAUUGAUCAAACUUAAAAGACUCAUUUCACCUUCGAAUAUGGACAAAAUUUCUGUCACAACUACCUUAUAUGCCUUUUACCGUCAAGAUUCAAGAACCGGAACGUCAUUGAUUUUCUUCUUAUUAUCCUUUCAAGUUCAUGAGAAAACUAUUUUUCUUGUCGCUCUGUCUGUUACUCUGUUGAUUCAAAAGCAUCUAUCUACCAUGUUGUGGCUUUACAUAAUAUCAACUUUUAGAUGUAAAGACACCAAAAAGGACACCAAAGGAUACGGUAAAGGUGAUCUUGUAAAGUAACUUUUUGAACAAAAAAAGAUGGUUAAAGUGAAUAUACAAUAAAAUAAUUAAGCAAAUGUCGUAUUGACCUUAAGGCGAUUCACAGAGUCCUUUUUGUAAGGUAAGGAGUCAGGACCCACCAAGAGAUGGGUUCAUUUUGCUCACAAAAAACACACACAUUUUUGUUUCCAU